AUUAAGGCGCUGAAGAGGAAAACAGGAUGAAUGCUCUCUGCUCCUGCUUGUCGUGUAUGUUCUGAGCAGCGAGGGCAGACCGGCUGUGGGAGACUUUUCCCACAGGACAGGAGCGGAACCGUCAGCACGGUUGUAUGGCUGAGAGUCACAUGGAGUAAACUCUGGAGUUCUCUGACCGGCGAACAGCUGGGCUGAUGGGAGAGGAGACUUGUCCUCGCCCUGGCGCACGACUUUGUGACCUAUUUCUUCCUUCUAAAACAACUCGCCCUCGCAUUUUCGGACUACAUAACUUUUUUCCAACGGUGAAUGUGAAGUUGACGCGUCUUUUGGGAGCCGACGCUUUUCUUUCGCUGGAUGUGCCAGGAGAGACUCGCAUUAAUAUUUAAAAGGUUCACUGAUAAAAGAUUGAAACGAUCCGUGGCACUGGGGAUCUGUGCUAUGAAAUAUGCAUCUGAAUUUGCCAAACGCGUGUGACCCUGUGACCUACUAAAAUACUGCCUUCUUCAAAAUAUCUGAUUUUUCUUAAACCGACAUCUGGAUGACUCUUGUUUUUUAAUUUGUAAAACAAAGAAAGAAAAAAAACACAAACGUGACUGUGUAAUGAUAUAAUUACACUAAUGUAACACUUCUAGACUGAUUGAGAAUCGCUUUGGUGUUAAUUUUCGCUCCGCCAGCUGACACGGUUCUAACUCCUCCAUUUAUUAUCGCGACAGUAAAAAGAACAAAGCUCCCCACCCGUCUACGCUUGUGUGGUGGCGUGGUAUUCGCUAUUUGUUUGUUUAAAGGGGCGUGGGGGCGUCUACAGUAAUCUCGCCUUCUCCUUUCCCUCUUUUCUUCUUCCUUAAAAAAAAAAAAAAAAAAAAAAAAAGUUCAUUACCAUCACCAGAGUCGCGUCGGAGGGGUUAAUUUCAGCGCGGAGUUGGGGAGCGUCAGGGCGCGCACAGUGGGCUAGUUGUGUCGAUCACUCCCGCAGAGGCGAUGCCCUUUUGUGGAGAGGUCUCUUGUCACACAGAGGACAGACGGCAUUCACAAUCGGGACACGGGGACACAAAGAGAAGAACUGAUUUUUAAAGGGCUCCAUUCUUUGCCGCGCCGCCGCUGGGUGUUGACUGUGGGUGUCUUGAGAGGAUCUUUGUUGCCCGGAGAAAAGUAGAGAAGAAGAAUACGCGCCGUGGACUGGCUGGGGGGAUUUCUUUUUUUAAUUUAUUUAUUUUUUUAUGGGCAGGGUUACUACAGUGCAGCCGGCGCUGUCAUCCACACCACCUCUGUCGGUUUCUCCCGGAGCGACUGGUCCUGUUUUUGGAUGAGGAGCGCAACUUUUACGCAAUGCUUUACGCGCUGGUUGUAGCAGGACGCUGUCAGAAUGAACUUUCUCUCCCGGGUACCUGCGGGGUAGCUGUGUGAGACGGAGCCAAGAGGUCGUUUGUGGAUAUUUUCUGCUCGGGAGGAUGCCAGUUGAUAAGUUCACAAACAUGGAGGAGAAACUGUGGAUACUGGAGGACCUGAAUAUGAUGUACAUCCGCCAGAUUGCUCUCAGUUUACAGGACAGCGACAUCCAGAAGAAGAUCGACCAUGAGAUCCGGAUGCGCGACGGGGCCUGUAAGCUGCUGGCCGCCUGCUCCCAGAAAGACCAGGCGCUGGAGGCGGCGAAGAGCUUGCAGACCUGUAGCACUCGCAUCAUGGCGUACAUGUCGGAGCUGCAGAGGAUGAAGGAGGCCCAGGUCAUGCAGAAGGUCACGCGGAGGUCGUCGGACGCAGGGCCGAUGGACGACAGACUCCCAUGCAAAGGAAAAGUGGCCAUCUCAGAUCUGCGGAUCCCUCUCAUGUGGAAAGACACCGAGUACUUCAAGAACAAAGGAGAGCUUCACCGGUGUGCAGUGUUCUGCCUGCUGCAGCUGGGAGGAGAGAUCUUUGACACAGACAUGGUGAUAGUGGACCGGACACUCACCGAUAUAUGCUUCGACAACACCAUCGUGUUUAAUGAAGCCAGCCCGGGUUUUGAGCUGCGCGUCGAGCUGUACAGUUGCUGCUCGGAGGACGACUACUCAGCAGGGAGCACGCCGAGGAAACUAGCCAGCAAGCUGAGCUCCUCGCUGGGGCGAUCGGCUGGGAAGAAGCUCCGGGCAGCCAUGGAGCCUGGACCAUGUAGUCCUGUUAGCAAUGGAGGGGCGACUCCUCUUCUGCUGCCAGUUCCAUCCGUACCGGGCCCCAAAUACCACCUCCUAGCUCAUACCACCCUGUCACUGUCGCACAUCCAGGACAGCUUUCGCACACAUGACCUCACCAUCUCAGGCAACGAAGAGUGCUCUUAUUGGCUGCCGCUCUAUGGCAGUAUGUGUUGCCGCCUUGCAGCGCAGCCUCACUGUAUGACCCAACAGAUGAUGAGUGGAUGUUUGAAAGUAAAGCAGUUAGGUGGUGACCCUCAGAGUUGGGCGGAGGUGUAUGCCGUUCUGAAAGGAACAAGCCUUUUCUGCUACCACCGGCAGGAAGAUGUGGAGGCUAACAUCGAGCCAGCGUUCACCAUUGCCAUCAACAAGGAGACCAGGAUACGUGCGUCGGAGAAAGACUCCCAGAGUAAAGUUCAGAAUAUCUGCGUGAGCAACCAGUACGGAGGCGAGGAGGUCACACACACGCUGACCACAGACAGCCGCGAGGACACACACCGGUGGAUGGAGGCUUUCUGGCAGCAUUUCUAUGACAUGAGCCAAUGGAAGCAGUGCUGUGACGACCUAAUGAAAAUUGAGCUGCCAUCGCCGAGGAAACCGGCUCCUGUCACACCGAAACAGGGCUCACUCUAUCACGAAAUGGUUAUUGAAUCAUCCGAUGACCUCAGCAGCACCGUGUCAGACAUCCUGGCUCGGAGGAUGCAGGAGCUGGAGCUCCGCAGCCAGCUGGGCACCUCCCCCACCUGGAUGUCUGUGUUUGACGAGAGCAACCCAAAAAGCGCUGGCCGCCCCCGUCCCUGUACCUCUCGCCUCUCUGGCCACAGCCCCUGCACCCCUCCUCGACUGCCCCGGAGCCCUCUGAGCCCUCACCGCUGCCCACAGCUGGGUCUGCUGUCCUCAGACGCAAGCCUGACUUCUGACAGCGACAGCCACUGCAGCACCAGCCCCUGCUCUCAACGCCACGGCUGGCCCGAGCCUUCCUCAAACUUCUCUCUCUUGUCGUCCUCCCCCUCCCGUCUGAGGCCACGCACUCUGUCGCUGGAUGCUAAGCUCAGCACCCUCCGAGGGAGGGGGUACGGAGGCGGAGGGACCUUCCAGUGCCCCUGCCAGCCGCCUCCCUCCUCGCUGCUCGCCCCACUCCCCAUCUCCUCCCGUUCACCUCGGUCGCAGCGCAGCACGCAGACCACGCUCUCCUGCUCCAGCUCCACUUCCAGCAACAGCUCCAGCAACAGCGAGGGCAGCCACAGCCCCGAGUCAUCCGAGGGAGCUCCGUUCUCGAGGCCCUCCCCAGCUCGACGCAGCCUCAGGAACCUCAGGGCCAGACUUGAUCCUCGCAACUGGCUUCAGAGCCAGGUGUGAACUGUUGCGCUGGCCUAAAGGCCGCAGUGCUCGUCAAACCAUGAUUUAACUGGCUUAACAUAUGUGAACCAACCUCAGGCACUCUGCUAGGCCACAUGCACAGCCCUGAGGAGGAUAAGCUGCCUCUAGCCUGCCUCCUGGUGGAGGAUGGAUCAUGGAAGAGCCUCCUGGGGCAAACUGGAAUGUCUUCUAACACAAAGGACAGUUGACAAUCACUGCACAAACUAAAUGGGAGGUACUCUGCUUGCUUUGAGAAACCAUGGUCAUGCUGCUUUGGAGAAAGUGAUGCUAAAGACUGAUGCACACGUCACACUAAGCCUACCGUCUGUCCUCGGACUCUAAUCUCGGAAUUAGAAAAGGUUUUGCUCUCCGCAUCAGCCAUCCCGGCGACUCAAACUUUAUUUCAAGGUCAUCUCUACUAAUGCACUAGCAGUAUUUUUGACUGGAUGUUUCCUAUCUAUAUUUUAUAAGUAAAGGUUUGCGGUGUUUAUGCUAUGAAAGCCAGUGAGCAUGUGGCGGGAUGAACAUAUAGGGUAUAAUCAAGAGUUCUCAGACGUUAGAGAAACUGUUAAGUGUGGAGGGACGGGUUGGUGUCUGUUGCCUGUACUGUGAUCUACUUCGGUGUACGUAUCCAAUUAAUCAUUCAGCGGAUGAUCUUUGUGGUUCUCCAGAAAUGACUAUGCACCAUGUUGUUUUAUUGCAUGAUCUGACGUUCAGUUUUUAAAUGUUGAACUACUCGAGAUCAUCUCAACAAUGAAUCUGGUGAAAGCUUAACUUUAUGCAAGUGCUCAUACUUACUGUACUGGUAAUUACUGUGAUCUCUUCAGGGUAAAUGAUCUGUGCUCUGGUCUUAAGUUUUACACAUUAAUCUGCACGCUAUCGACAGACUGUCUUCAGAAAUGUACAAUACAUCCAUACAUGCAUAGAACCAAGAAAAUAGAAUAAACUGAAAUGAACCAAAGUGAAAGUAUUAUUGAACACCCAAGCCAUACUCACAGCCCCCCCCACACUGCCUCGCUGCAGUAUAGUGGCUCCUCACUUCCAAUGAAAUGUGAAAAACGUCCACCGAUCAAAUAUUUAUGCAACACAGAAACAUUUUAUUAUUUUACGGUGGCUGCAUUCAAGGCAACUUUAUGUACUUUCUAAACGCCCCCAACCAUUAGGUCACGGUAGUAAGAAAAAUAAUUUAAAAAUUUUACACUGCCACCUGUUUUUCUUUUUAAAUAACUAUGUGAGUUAUUGUCAUUUAGACAGCUCUUUACAGCAGAAAACAUCUGACUGAAGGCGUCCAUGUGAAAACAAUCCGUCUGUGCAGUAAAGCCUCUUCUUCUUCUCUGUCUGUCGUUUACUGUGGAUUUUACUUUGGUAACAGUUUUCCCUCUUGGGGAUCAGAACAGCAAAGCAAACAUUUCUACUAAGAAUUAAAACUGUCAAAUGUUUGGAAAAAGAAAAAAAAAGCAAGCAUUUGUUACUGUAAAUUAAUUUUUAUAUAAGUUAACAAAUAAACCUCCUCUCUUCGUCUUUUGUUACAUUAUUGAUUUUGUUAUAAAUGCAGCUAUAUUGAUACCUGAUUACUAUCAUAAUGUUAACAGAUGAUGUGCAGAUCUUUAACUGUUACGAAUAGAUAACAUUGAAUGUUAUAACCUUGCAAGAGUUUUCCUGUGUUAGCAGGCUUUGUGUUCUGCAUGUACGCCGUCCUAGGGGGCAGAUAUAAAAUGAGAAAAAAUGUGGAAAAUCUCAUGUUUAAAUAAUAUAACAUUAAUUAUAAUAAAUGUUUUAUCGAUU